UUGGAUGCUAUCGUUUACCUUUGCCUUCACAUUCUAACUACUCUUUUCUUACCUCGCAAUCAUCUCUUUUCAGAUUCUCAAUUUACCAGAUCUGAGAUUCAGGCCCCUUUUUCGGUUGGUCCGAAACCUGGUUCGUCUAAAGCUCCGUAUCGUCGAGUUCGUGAUGAUGAAGUUAAUUUGAUUCCCGCUUUGAGCAACAAUUCUUUUGAAGCCAAGCUAGGAGCUCAGGGUUCCUGGGGAGAAAGAGCAAAUCAAGCACUGAAGUUGACCAGGGGCAAAGAGUUUAAACAUGAGAAGACCAAACGAAAGCGCGGCACAUACACUGGUGGAACUAUUUCUACCAAUGUAUGUUCUUUUAAAUUUAACGAAUGA